AUGAUCGGUAAAGAAGAAGAACAAAUCAUCCCUCCCCUAACUGAUUUCAAUACUCACCGUGUAGAACACGAGAUGAGACACAAAUCGAGUCUCGUCAAGAAUCUGUUUGAAGGCGAAACUCCAUCUAUCUUGAUACGCACAUCAUCGCCAGAUCUGACGUUCUUCAAUAGUACGGAGAUCGACUCCGUAGUUGGUAUCAUAGUACUUAAGCCAGGCCAUAUUUGA